AUGAAAAACGAUGAAAACGAAGCUGCUUACCAAAUGCUGAGGAUGACACAGUUGGUGGUCAGGGCCACCGAGGAAAAAAAUCUACUUCCACUAAUGCUGUUGCACUAAUAGACGCAUAAACUGGUAAAAAAUAAGGGCGAGAUAACAAACUAUAACGAAAUUUACAUACAGCACGUAACAAAGGAGCGUAAUUAACAAAAUACCGGAGAGCGAAAAGAAAAAGAAUACACGAUAACAAGUAAGUGAGAAAACGAAAAACAAAAGGAAAAAAUUUGCCCCAACAUCCUGGGGGGUUUGACUGAAUUUAACUGAUUCAGCAAAAUAAGUAAGGGGAAAAUUUAAAACUAAGAGUCCGCCAAUUAGAACCUAGCCUGUGCCAGGCUCUCAGAUAGUAUAGUGGGGACGUAUUAAACGAGCAAAGCGAAAAUAAGACGCGCGCGACUUGGGAAAGGGGGCGGUGGCGCCGCCCCGUCUCUCCCCAGCUCCCGCGCGUUUUUUUCAUUUCUUUUUGCUGAACGACUUUUCACCACUAUCUCGGAGCCUGGAACAGGCUAAUUAGAACCUGGUCAUUUGAAUCAGUCUCUAAAACUCUCAAGUUUCGAUAAACACAGUUUUAGACAGCUUCCUCCAGCAAACAUAGCUUAGAAAUUGGUCUAGUUAGAGUAGAGUUCUUCGUCUUAAUUUCUGCCACACGGACUUUACCGUCUCGUCCUGGAAAAGUCUUGAUAACACGUUCUCAAACUCAUUAAUAAUUCAUUAAGAAAAUACAAAGGAAAUUAAUGUUUAAUGAGUGUUUGGAAAUCGGAUGAAACACUGCUUAGUAUUUGCAUCCUUAAUUUCUCCUUCAAAAAUGACUUGUUUGAGAAGAAAUAUCAAACAUUCGACACAGUGUUUCAUCACCAGAUGAAACACCUCGAAGUUCGUCAAAAAUACUCCGCUGCGCGUCGUAUUUUCAGCUCUCUUCUCGGUGUUUCAUCUGGUGAUGAAACACUGCAUCUCAUGUCUGAUAUAUUACGUCAAAGAGCCAACAUCCUCGCGGGGAGUUGUUAUCCACAACAAGAACUACAUCUCCGAUCUUUAAGUUGUCUUUCUCGCGUAUCCACUUCUGGCGUUGUUGCAGAGUUGGGAUGUACUGUCGUAUCCAUCUUUUCCUAAAACAAUCAGCCAGAAAUUGCGCUCUUCUCCAUUGGUUCCUUCUGUAAAGAUCCUCGCGGUAAUGUCCUCGUGACAUUAUACAUGUAGCCACUUUAAGUUGACCUUAAAUAUUUAUUCCUCAGAACUUUUAUUAAGAAUCCUAGUGGCAGGAGAAAGGUGUAACAUUACCGGAGAAUAUGUUGAAUGAGGCUCAACGUGUGAAUAAAAAAUAUUCAUAAGCUACCGAAAGUUAGUCGGAGAAUUCUGCAUAGUAAAUGGAGAAUUCUCCAAUCUCUGAUGCCUGAUGAACACGCUGAUUCCUUUUACAGCGAAAUUCAUUGCAUCGCGCUGUGCAUUUUACAAAAUUCGAAGGAAGUUUGGGUUUUUCUGUUCCAUCAAUCAUCUUAGUGGACCUCUUAGGAAACACAUGUUUAAUUGCAUGAGUUCAAAAGGUCCUGGUUUUUAUUAUCUGUGAUUGGUGGAUUUCGGUCUGUUUUGUUUGUUUCAUGUUUCAAGGUUCGUUGCUUUGUGAUCGUCCUGUUUCAGGCAAUAGUCUGGUUUUACUGAUCUUUCUUAUUCUUGUCACUUGUAAGAAUAAAGCAACAUCUGCCUCCUUCCUUCCUUCGACAAAAAAAUCCACUCACCAUUGGGAUUUCCUUUGCUAUUCCUGAGCAGUCUAGAGUCAUUCUCAGCCAAGCUGGGCAAGCAUGUUACUGUCUGAUUUGCAUUAACCCUGCCUUCACUCAAAUGAUUGACAGAAGAGAAAAACCCAAAAUCCCGUCGAACUUUGCGAUACGCGCAGCACGAUACAACAAAUUUUGCUGUAAGUGUUUGUAUAAACAUGCUGUUCCUCUAAUUUUUUUUCAUACACUGUUGUGUUUCUAAUGAAGAGCAUUUGUAUAAACAUCAAUUGCUUAUUUUUACUUUUCUUUUUCUUCAUCUUUUUCUUACCUCACUUUUAUUUUUAUGUCCUUUGGUUGGAUCAAUGAAGAAAAUUUGAAUAACUCUGGCAUAUGCAAUACACAUGACUUUUACUUUUCAACUACUGAUUCACAAUCAAUACAGAACUCACAGGACAUGUUAUGAGUUAGGCACUUUGAAGACCCUAACAGCUGUUUUAAUGACAUUUUUUAGAGAAGUAAGGAAGUAUUUAACAUUGUGAUGAAAGCAAUGGUCUACAAUAAAAGCUAUUAAGUGAUAGGAAUUAUGGAGUUCAAGAAUGUUUGGCGUUCACAGCCAUUUACAGCUGUCAGUGCAAUCAAAUUAUCGAAAGAUAGUUCGAGUUCAUAUUACAACACUUACAGUUACUGUUGCAAUAUGGCUAAGUUGUAAGUUAGGAAAAGGUUAAACUCAAGGCAAUGCCGGGGAUCCUCUAUGUUGGCAUUCAUAUUCACUUUCUUGCUGCCCUGUCAGUAAGACCAUUUUGUCUGCUAAUUUUGAGGUAAAGCCACAACUUGAUUUUUUGCUCUUAAAUUGCAGUGGUAAUGCACCAGAAACAAGAGACACAGCAUUUGUAGUGUAUGAAGAUAUCUUUGAUGCCAAGAAUGCUUGUGAUCAUCUGUCAGGCUUCAACGUCUGCAAUCGCUACCUUGUCGUUCUCUACUACCAUAUCUACCAAGGUAAAGUAGACUAACAAUAUUAUUUGUUCAAGGCGGGGCUGUCACUUAGACAGCAUGACUCGUGGUGUCUUUCAUGGGAAAUGAAAGGACAAUAGAACCAAAAUAAUAUUAUUUUCUAGCUGAUCAAACAUAACUAUUUUGCAAGUCCCUUGCCCUUUCUUCAUAUCAAGGUUCUACUGUACUUUAGUCAAAUCCAAUGUUUAUUAUUUAUUUCUUUUUUUAUUCAGGCUUUCCAAAAAUUGGACAAGGAAAAGAAGAGACAGGAAUUGGAGAAAAUGAAAGAAAAAUAUGGAAUCAACAAGGACAAGUAA